AUGGGAAGUGACAGCGACCUGAAUGUAAUGCAGGCCGCCUCCGAUAUCCUGAAGCAAUUCGACAUUCCACAUGAAGUCACCGUGGUAUCUGCCCAUCGUACCCCGCACCGCAUGAUCGAGUACGCUGCCACUGCCAAGGACCGGGGAUUGAAAGUGAUCAUUGCAGGAGCUGGCGGUGCAGCGCAUUUGCCUGGCAUGGUAGCUUCCGUAACUGUAUUGCCCGUUAUCGGUGUGCCUAUAAAAUCUUCUAACUCUAUUGAUGGAUGGGACUCCGUCUUAUCUAUUCUUCAAAUGCCAAACGGUGUGCCCGUUGGUACCGUGGCAUUGAAUGCGUCUAAAAAUGCAGGCAUACUGGCAGCCGAAAUAUUGGGUACCUCCGAUGAAGCCGUUUCCCAAAAAGUGACUGAAUAUAAGAACUCCCUGAAUAACGAAGUGAUCGAAAAAGUAGAGAAGAUGAAACGGGAUGGCUGGGAGAAUAAGUUUGACUGA